AUGCGGCCAUUUGCUUACUUGAUAUCAGAUGUAGGCGCUGACGAGACUAUCGCUAUGGACCUUCGCGGUACCAAAUUUGUCCUUUCAAGGGAUGAGCUUCUGACCCUGCCCGAAUUCGUUCUUCUAUCCCUUUUCCCCAACGGGCUCUUUCCCGAGGGACAUAUGGGCGGGUUUGCUGAAGGCGAUGCGGUACAGGUUGAUUAUGACCCGGCGUCCCUACAAUAUAUGCUCGACUUCUUUCGUACAGUCGCCCAGUCGAUACCAGUUGAGGUAUCUCCAAGCGCUUCGCAGGAAGAGGAUACCUCAACUGUCGAUGCUAUGGGCUCAAGAGACGAUUCGUCUAAGCGAGCGGGCAUCAUUGUUCUGCGAGAGGACCUGGACUUUUAUGUCAUUCCGCCGCGAGCAGACAUCACGCAGCCAGAGAUGAUGGAAGUCAAGCGAGCAGCGGGGAAAGCGCUGCUUCAGCAAGGUGGCAUCUUCUCCGGCCUCAAGCGGAGUGACGAGCCGGGCACUACGGAGGCUCAUCUCAUUGAGAUGUUAACAGCAGGCGGGUUCAAUCAUGACGAUAUUUGGGGCCACCGGGCAGGAGAGCCUAAUAAGGCGGUCAUCUGCAGUCUUGCUCUGGCAAGGUUGCGCAGCGAUAUAAGGGGUCACGAAAUGGGCAGCAAUGCUGUAGGUAUGGCGCAGAAACUGCUCCUUUUUUGGCGGAAGCCCGCUCGGCGCUGCUGGUGGGAAGGUGUUGAGCUUGAUCAAGUAGACGGUGUGCAGGGGAAGCUCAAGGUCUGGAUUAGGCGCGUUUGGACGCUGGAGAUGAGCGUUAUCGGCCUGCGUUGA